GCUCUGAACCUCUUUAACCAGGAACAAAAGCAACCAAAGGAACAGCUUGACAAUGGCGGCUCUUCACUCCCCUCAGUACCACCCUAUACCGGAUACCCUUUUCCUCCUAACCCCCCAAAACCGCCGCCAUGCUCGCCUCGAACCUCUCCCUCCCGCGCUCGGUCCACGGGCGCCCGAAAGACCGAAACUUUCCGUCCCGAGCGCGCGCCUACUGCGGCCCCGUAGCGCCGCCACGGCCGGCCCCGGUCGUGCUGGGGUUCGGCAGCCUGAUGGAGACGUUCGUGGUGGAGGUGCGGAGGGCGGAGAGCAGGGCGCUGGACGUGCCGCUGGCCGCGCCGUUUACGAUCGCGACGUUGAGGUUGGAGAGGAUGGGCAACGAGGCGGUGCGGGUGGAGCUGAGGAACGGCUGCGCGGGGUGGGGGGACGAGCCGGUGCUGCCGUCCGUGACGGCGGAGGAGAAGGCGAGGGAGGCCUGCGAGGUGCUGAGGAGGAACCCCGCCAUGGCGCUGGGGAGGGCUUUGGGAGAGAUAGCGGCCAUUCUUCCUGGACACGAGUUCGCUUCUGUUCAGGCAGGAGUUGAGAUGGCAUUGAUUGAUGCAGUUGCCAACAGCAUCGGAACACCAUUGUGGAAAUUAUCUGGUGGAGCUUUGAAUACAUUAACAACAUAACAAUUCCAAUUGUGUCACCAGCUGAAGCUGCUUAGUUGGCUCUUAAAUGUCGGAAACAGGGUUUCCAAACUUUGAAGCUCAAGGUGAGCAAGGAUCUGAAAGCAGAUAUCAAGGUUCUUCAAG